AUGCGGCAGGAGUGGGGGUACUGUUUGCCAUCCACCAGGCCAGUCGCUCUCACCGACCUGUACCCUUCUCCGUGCAUUAUUACCGAAUCCAACGACUACGCAUACCUAGGAGCCAGUUUUGAGUCGUCUCAAAGCUCGCAGAUAGAAGCCACGGAUCGCGUGUUGGAAUUCGGGAAUCUCGGCUCGUGGAAGGGGAAUCAGGCUCGGGAAGGAUUGGGUGAGGGCGAAAGAGAGUGGAUCAGCGGCCGGGAUAUGCCACCAGGGUCGAGGGACGAUGGGAUUGGACGAGGCGGCCGCGUGGCUGCUCGCUGUGCAGACAGCGCAGAUGAUGUGGCGAUGGCAGGAGGCGGGAGCAGCUGCAGCAAGGUGGGGUCUCUAUGCUGGAAUGAUUCACACACUACCUGCUCCACGUCUGCCGUCACAAGAUGCUGCAGUGGCAUUGCAACACGCCUCGUAUUCCACCUCACCUCUUUACUGCCAUUGCUUAGCGCAAUCGCUCUCAUCCCUCCCGAUUCCACUUCACUCCCCAUCUUCUUCCCCUCCCUCUCUCCCGCGCAUCCCCCCCUUCUUUCCGCCUGCCAGCACCCGCACGCCCUCGCCCUCGUGGCGGCGUGCGCUCUCAGGGGGCAGCCCGCCGCCCUGUACGUCCUCCACGCCUUCGCCCUCCGCGCCCGCACCGCUGCACCCUCUGCUCUCGCUGCUCCCACUGCUCCCACCAGCUCGCAGAAGAGAGAUCCUGCAGCGGCAGCUGCAACAGCAAGAGUGGCGCAGGCGGUCGCGAGGCAGGGGAUUGAACGGGCAGUGCUGGGGGAGGUAGUGGCGGAUGGGCACGUGUGCCGCAGACUGCACUGCCUCGCUGCGAGGCUGCAGGCUGCUGCUCCUGCUGCUGGCGACGCAGCAGCUGCGGAAUGGGGCGUGCCACGUGUGCCUGCUGACGUGGAAUGCCAGCUGGCAAGUGUGCUGUGCCCGUUGGCUGCGUGCAGGAUGGUGCAGCAGGCGGCAGAUGCAGGCAGUGCAGGUGGUAACGCAUGUGGCGACGCUGCUGGCGGUGUUGUUGGCAGCGAUGGGGAGGAGGGUUCGGACUGGGAUUCAGAGAGUGGGGAAGUGUGGAUGGGGUGGACGGGCGGGGAGAGUGACGACGACGAGAGUGAAGGGGGCGAGGAAGGGGGAGAGCGUGCAGAGAGUGCAUUGCUUAAGAGCAGCAGUCAACACCCCCUUCCCCCUCCUCAACACCCGCAUGAUCAUGCCACUCCCAGGUCUCAGCGUGAAGAACCAAAGAUAGAGGGUCUCGCAGUGGGAGCUGGAGGGGCCGGUGCAGAGGGAGAUGACGCGGUUCUGAGGGGUUUUGGGAGGGCGCUAUCGCUGGUUCUCGCUCAGUACGAGGCCGGGGUUGCCCAGCUCGCCCGUGCAUGCAUCGCCUCUCUUUCUGCCUCAUCUCCAACAGCAGCAACAGAUUGUUCCAGCCCUGCACGCUCACAAGCAGGCACUCCAGCCGGUCCGUCAGAUGCUGUGCUUCUACUGGCCAUGCGGAGCAGGCGACUGAGGGCGCAGCUGAGGCGCCUGGUGAUGUUGCUGGGGAUGGAUCCGAGAGCGAGGGAGACAGCAGGUGGUGAGAGGAAGGGGCACCCAUGGGAGGACGGGGCGCUAAGGGGGAGGGAGACAGCAGGGGGAAAGAUGGAGGAUGCAUGGUCGGUGGUGUACCAGUGCCCUCAGAUGGUCAUGCCUAGCUCGUCAGAUCAAAGCAGUUCAGGCAUGAGAGACAUGCCUCUCACUCCACCCCCUCCACACACGUCCCACACGCACCACAUGCACUGCACGCCCCACACGCACCACGCAGACCGUGCUGUUGCUGCCAGCGGUGGCAUUAGAGGCAUCAACCACCUGCUGCCCUUGUUCCUCCAUCCAGUGUCACGCCUCGUUGUAAGAACAGCACAGCAGCAGCACAUACUCCUCUCCGCCCCCGACCCCACCAUUCGCCAGCUCGCCUCCCGCCUCUCCUCCCUCCUCUCCGCCCUCCUCCUCCCCCACUCACACCCCUUCCUCUCUCUGCCAACCAAUGGAAAUAAGCCAAGUCACAUUCAAACAGCGCUCGCGUCUGAUUGGUCCAUCGAUUUCACCCUGGCAGGGGUGGCCCGAACCAGAGAGAUCGUCCAGCACCGACUUGCCAUUGCUGAGCUGCAGGUUCGGCAGCUUCUAGACUCCCUGGAGCCCCAGUCUAGUGCAGAAGGCGAGGCUCGGAUGGCUGAUGUGGGUGAUAGAGUGGAGGUGCAGAGACAGUUAGGGCCUGCACCCACCCACAGAGAAAUCGCGGGACAAGCAUUGGGGAGGGAGGAAGAGGAGCAGGGAAGAGGGCACGGGGGAAAGGAGCAGGGAAGAGGGCAUGGGGGAAAGGAGCAGGGAAGUGGGCAUGUGGGAGAGGAGCAGGGAAGAGGGCACGGGGGAAAGGAGCAGGGAAGAGGGCAUGGGGGAAAGGAGCAGGGAAGUGGGCAUGUGGGAGAGGAGCAGGGAAGGGAGCAGAUCUGCUCUGGCUGUGGCUGGUCGCAUGACCCCUCCUGGCACGUGCCUGGUGAUGACGUGGCAGCAGAUGAUUGGCCCUGGAAGGGCACUCAUCCCCCUCCUCUUUCCAAUCUGCUUGUCUCCCCCAACCGCACCACACCCAGCCAUACUGCACCGAAUCCCACCGGCCUCAGCCCCACGUUGCGGCAGGCAUGGGUGGAGUGCGGUGCCAUGCUGCAGCUCACUGACCCCCGCUCUGGCCCCGCCUUCCCCUGGACGUGGAUGGCCUGUAACGAGGAUGCUUGUAGCGGGGAUGGAUCUGGCGGGGGUGCGAUUCAUGGUGCUAGUGGCAUCUCAUGGCAUGCAUUGCUCCAGCAUCCACGGAGGCAUGGGGGGGGUGCUGCUGAAAGUGCACAGGAGACAGGAAAGGAGGGUGUUGGUCAGAGAGAAAACAAAGGAGGAAUUCAGGGAGCAAAGGAGGGACCAAAGGAGGGAGCAAAGGAGGAAAGGAAGGAGGGCUCAAGAAAGGGAGCGGCAGGUAGUGGGGGGCGAAAGCAGAAGGGCGUUGAGGAUGAGAGUGGAAAGCACAGCAUGAAGCAGAGUGGGAGGCAGACUGGGAAACAGGGUGGAAGGCAGACAGGGAAGCAGGGUGGGAGGCCGGGUGGGCAGCAGAGUGGGGAGGAUCUGGGUGGAAGGCAGGGUGGGCGUAGAGGGGCAGCAGGGAGGGGAGGGGUCCAUGUGACGAAUGAGGAGAGGCGGCUGGUUGGCAUGGCCGUCACAGACAUGGAUGGGAGCUUCGAUGAUGCCGUCCAUGCCCACCUGCUGCUGCCCAUCCGUGCAAGUCACGCACUGGUGAGCAGGGCAGCAGUGCAGGUGCUGUUCACAAUGGGGCGCUACCGCGACCACUGCACCGCACUACACUGCCUCUUCCUCUCUCCCCACUCCGCCCUGCCCUCCGCCCUCCUGCACGCCCUCCAUGCCAUGGACUGGGCCAGCCUUCGCUCGCUACCAGAGCAGCAGCACGCGCUCUCAUCCGCCCUGGACACGGCCAUCUCGCGAGCCUGCCUCUCCUCCCUCCCCUCCUCCUCCCUCUCCCGCCUCCACACAUUCAUCUCGCCAUCCUCCCUCUCCUCCAUAACAUCUCUGCCGCCUCACCCAAUGUUACCAGGGUUGGGAGGGUUGCGAGGCCAGGGGGGAGGGGUAAUGGGCAGUGCGAGAAAGCAGCUGACGUGGAGCCCUUUGUCUGCUCAUCGGCUGGGCGCGUUUGACUUUGUGCGGGUGGGGUACGACCCUGGCUGGCCUGCCAGCGUGGUGAUUCCCCCCCAGCUGGUGCAGCAGUAUGCAGACGUGCUCACGGCGCUGAUCCGGCUGCAGCACGUGCAAAGGGCCGUUGAAAAUAUCACGCUUCAUGUCAAGGUCCUCCGUUCAGCUUUGCUGAACCCGUCGCUAGCACCAGCAGCAGAAGCAGCAGCAGCAGGCACGGCAGUGCACAGGGAGCGGUAUCGGCGGCUGUGCUUCCUCAACGUGUUCACCGUGCGUGCAGCACAGCUAGUGUCCUGCAUGCUCGCCUUCAUGAGCGCUCAGCUGCAGCGAGCAGCGCAGCAUGGGGACCAGAUACUGCUGCUGGGCACUCAGGCAGAACACAUGCCCUAUCUGGACCUAUUCUCAUUCCAGGAGGCGCAUGCACAGUUUCUGCUUUACUGCACAACCAGGUGUUUGUUGGAUGCUCGCAGUGCUGCCAUCAGGGAGCGACUAGACAGCCUGCUGCAGCUGGUGCUGGAUGUGCAUCGCAGCGUUGACUCUGCUCGCAUGGUCGCUCCUCUCUCUGAGUUUUUUCUCGACGACGAUGCUCCCAUCUGGGAGGAGGUGGAGGAGCACGUUGGAGAGUUCAACGAAGCACUCAAUGACUUGCUGGAUUUUCUCUCGCGCAAGCAGGAGGUUUCUCGCCCUGAAAAGCGCCUUCUCAAAUACCUCGUCUUUCUCAAAGAUCUCUUCAGGAUCAACCGUUCAAUUCUGGAGCACAUUGUGGCAGGGAUGCAACACUACCUUGAGCCGAUUGUGCAACGAUCCAUACUCACCAUGUACACUGCAGUGCUGAUCCCUAUCAAAUACCUGGCAUCUGGAAUAUCGUACGUAGACAUCUCGUACCUGUUCGGCAUCUCCAAAACUCUCUGCCACGAGGUGGUCGACGUGUUCCUCUCGCACUUCCCCUCCGUCUUCAAGGCCGCCUGGGUGCGGUUCCCCACCCGUGAAGAGCUUCCAGAGAUGGCGCGGGAGUUUGCAGCCGUCAAGGGUGUACCUGCUGUGGUGGGUGCUGUGGACGGCACUCACAUACACAUGAAGGGGAUGGAGGGGCACAGGACAGAAUACUGGACAACGAAAUCCGCAUAUGCUGUACAACUCCAGGUCACAUGUGACGCACGAGGGAGAAUAUGGGACUACCUUAUCGGGUAUCCCGGUAGCGCUCACGACAUGCGUGUUUUCAAGGAGUCUGCAUUACUUGAGCGGUUACAGAACGGGGACAUAGCCCCAUACCAGAUCGUUGGCGAUGCGGCCUACCCACUACGGGAGUACUGCCUAACACCCCUGCAUGCCCCACGAGGAGAGGACCUCAUGGACGACUGGGCACAAACUUUCAACUACUGCCAAAGCGCCACACGCAUGGCCGUCGAGAGAUGCAUUGGCGCGUUCAAGGGGAGAUGGCGCAUCUUCGGCCAGCGCAACGACUGCAGGCUGUGGCGCUUACUCGCCGGGGCCGCGUGUUGUAUCAUCCUGCACAACAUGUGUGAAGACAUGCAGGAUGUCAGGCGGCGCAACAUGGCAUGGGCGAACAUACCACGCAACCGAGAUCCGUGGUGGACGCGGGGUGCUGUCGCGGCAUUCAAAUGGGAACCGUGCGAUCCCCCUACACAACAAGCACUCAGGGAAAGGCGAAAACGACUAGGGGAGGCGCUGCAGUCAUCUUACGCUAAUCGUCGGCGCCGCGAACCCAUACUUCCACAUCCUCAUCCGCCGGCAUAG